AAUUAAAAAAUGAGGAAAUGAAAAAGGAAUAAUCAUAUAUCGUUCAUCCGUAUAUCAGUAUGAAUAGUCACUGCGAUUAAUUUAAUACUUACAUCUUUAGGUUAAAUAUAAUUUACCCGAUUAAAGGGAAUCAUUUUAUCUCGAAUCAUGUGACAAUGUCAAGAAGAUUUUACUUUUUAUAAAUACAAAGACAAUAUACAAUCACAAAAAGGUCGAAAGUAUCGCGCCAGCAGUUAUCAGCUACGUUGGUUGUAUAAUCUGUUUAUUUUUUCUUCUAUUAAUUGUAUCAAUGUUGUUUUUGUUUAUAUUUUAAAAUAGCAAAAUGUAUUUUUAUGUGUCUCUUGAACUCGAAAUAAUCUAUUAUGAUUAACCGAUUAAAAGGGUGUAUUCGACUAUUUGUAAUUUAUACAUAUUUGUAUAUAUCUAGUAUACAAAAAUGAGCUUGAAGGACAGAUUAAAACCGCUGUUAAAAAUAUUUAAGUAUUCUUCUAUCGUUGGUGGCAGUGCUUUACUAAUAGCUUAUCAUUUUAAACAGACACAUAUAAGGAUCUCUAAAAUAGUGAAUCCAUGUGUUCUCGAUGCUGGAAAGAAAUGUUCUCCAGAGUAUAUUUAUAUAGAUGAUCCCUCAUAUGAUGCUGCUAUGAAAGCUGAAAAUGACAGGGAGAACAAACAAACCGUAGGUCUUUCACGCAUUUGGAAGAGUCUUAAAUAUUCAUUAGCCUGGAAGCUUCUUUGGCUUUGUCGACAUGGAAGUAAAGAACAACGAAAUAUAGCUUUAGAACAAUUAGCAGCAUUUAAAAAUAAUAAAAGUUGGGAUUGUUUAAAGCUAGCUCAAGCUCUUGACCAUGAUACUGCAGUUUUACUUGCUCGGACACGGGGAGCCGACUUACGGUAUUUUUUACCACCUCCCAUACAUGUACGCAGAGCAGCUUUAACUUCAGAAUUAACAUCAUUUAAGUUAAGAGACUUACUUACAGCUGUACAAAGUGUCAAUCCUCAUGGUUGUAUACAAUACUUUCUAACAAAAUAUUUUUUUAAUGUUCAAGAACAGCCUGUAGAAGUUGAUGUACCCAAUAAACCAGAUAGUCUAACUGAGAAAGAACUUUGUAUUUUAUGUCUUGAUGGGAUCCAUCACCACUUGUCACUAUUCUAUCAAAAAAAUUAUGAAGAAGAUGUGUCUGUUCAAACCUUAAUAAAAUUAGGAAUUUUACCUUGCUUAGCUGAACUUCUAUUAAGAUAUCACAAUGAUGUUGAUAUGGAUAUAGCUGUAUUAAAAGUGCUUACUAUAUUAAGUAUACAUAAAAAUCUUUCAAAAGAUUUCUUUCAAAAUGGUUUAGUAAGAGACUUAUCAAGAUUAUUAAGAUCAAAUGAUGUACGUUUAGCAAGUUCUGCUGCAGUAUCCUUAGUUAAUAUCUCUGGAGAAUUUUUAUUCAGACCUGGUUUAUAUUUGUUGUACCCAUUAUACAGAACUCCUGUUCAGUAUACUUGUGAUACCUUGUUGGUGCAUGGUCUUAGAGGUGGUGUGUUUGUUACGUGGCGACAAAGAGAUAAAACAUGCUUUAAGCCUGUUGGUAUUUUAGAAGUAUCUGUUUCUGAUGCUGACUGUAAUCCAUGUAAGGAAAAUGAAACAGAGGCUAAAUACUAUGACCUAGAUCUGCAGCAGGUUUUAGAUGAUAUCAUAGAAAUAGAAGAAGAGUCAUUACUGUCAAACAUAGAAGUUGUUUUACAUGAUCUCCCAAUAGAUGCGAAACGUGAAACAAAUUUGAAUCAAUUUACAGCAAAAAAGAAAAGGAAUGCCUUGAUACAAGAAGAAGAAGAUAAAUGCAGCUACACAUUCUGUUGGCCAAAGGACUGGUUACCAAAAGAUUGCAAAAAUUUAAGAAUUUUAGGAAUCAAUUAUUGGAGUUCCCUUUCUGAAUGGUUAGAACAUUGUCCCUUACAAAAUGCUGAUAUAUCAACAAGAGCAGCUGAACUUAUACCAAAAUUGGUUGAUGCUGAAGUGGGAAAGAAAAAUGUUGUCUGGCUAACUCAUUCCAUGGGAGGCCUCAUAGUAAAGCAGUUGUUAAUAGAAGCAUCCGAGAGUAGCAAUACUUUAAUUAAACAAAUAAGUAACUGCACAAAAGCAAUAUUCUUUUAUAGUACACCACACAAAGGCAGUGCCCUAGCCACUAUGCCAAGAGCAGCAGCUGCUGUUUUGUGGCCAUCACAAGAUGUAAAACAAUUGCAAGAAAAUUCACCACUGCUGCUUGAUAUCCACAAAGAUUUUAUUAAGUGUGCUGAAAGAUACAGCUGGGAGACAAUUAGCUUUGCUGAAACAUUACCAACUCCUGUUACUGCUUUUAAAGUACCAAUUCAUUUUGUAGAACCUAAUUCAGCCGAUCUUGGCAGAGGAAUGUUCUAUCAAUUACCAUUAGACCAUUUAUCCAUUUGUAAACCAGCUACUCGGCAAUCAGUUUUAUAUACAACUGUUUUAGAUGUCCUACAGAGGGUAAUAGCAGAAGAUGUAGAAUUGCAUAAGUCAAACAGUUACAUACAUAGUUUUGUUGAUUAUAUUCUGUGGACAACAAGAUUGAAAAUAAAAGCUAUUAUUGAAAUAUUAGAUGAAGCACAGAGUUCAGAACGUCUUCGUAGUUUAGAAAAAACAUUGUUAAGUACAUUCACAGAUGAUUUCUGGGAUUAACACACUUUGUUCAUACAGCGUUAAGCAAUUUAUUUAUUUCCCGAUUGACAUAAUGUUGUUAUGAUAAUUGCUUCUAGUCAUUUGCUGUAUUUCCCUAGAUUCCUUAUAGUUCUCAAAUUUAUGUAGUUUAUUUAUUGACCUCUUCAACAAAAUAACUAAAUGUGUUUUACAAAAAAUCUGUGGUAUUUUAUAUAUUUAUUAAAUUAUUUUGUAUU